UUCCUCUCACAUAAACAAACUCAGAGGGUAGUUUCUGCGAAAAUCUUCUUCCAAGAACAACAGCUCGCUUUAUCUCUCUCUCUCCGUCUCUCUCUCCUGCUUCCAUUUCCAAACGUAUUUGACUCUCUCACCUUCAAUCCCAGGGUUAUCUCUUGUAAAUUCUUAUCUAUUUAGGGUUCUUUUCUCCACCCUUCCCGUAGAAAAGUUCUGUAUAUAACCAACACCCAUCCCAAUACAAAGAAAAGUUUUUAAAUUCCUGAAUUCUUCAAUCGAGCAAUUUCCAUUUGCAAUUCUUUUUUUCCCCACUCUGUACAGACAUAGGGAAAGCUAUUUCCUCUGUAUGAGUCUUGGGUUCUUUCUUUUCUGAAAUUGGCAUCCCCAGAAAAUUCUAAUUAUCCUCAUAUUCUUUUCUUCUUAGAUUUCCCAAAGGGUACUUAAAAAAUUGUGACUUUACCAUUUGUUUCCGUGCUUGGGAUUGAAUUUCUGAAAACCCUAAUUGUGAUUUCCUAACCUCUUUUUCAUGGCGGUUUCAACUAUAGCCUUGUACGCGAGUCCGCCGAGCAGCGUGUGUUCCACGCCUCACCCUUGCCAGAUCAACGCUCACGCUUCCUACGACUUCGAAUUGGGGUCGCGAUCUUCGUCGCCGGCGGCUUCGACGGCUCCUCCGUCGACGUCGCAGAAGCCUGUGAUGGGCGGACUUUCGUGCCUGUUCUCGUCUCCGGCGGCGGCGAUGAAACACGCGGCGUUGUCGUCGAACUUUACCGGUGAGGAGGACGAUUUGAAGGAGUUGGGCAGUUCCUUCUCGUAUUCUCCAAGCAAGUUUGGUGGGUCUUCUUGGAAGAGGGAUCAGAGUCCCGUGUCUGUUUUUCAUGGUCCUGUUUCGUGUAGUGGUAGCAGCAGAAGCCCCAUUAGUUCUACCUCCGUGAGAAGUAUCAGGGGUGGGACUAGUGGGUUGUUUCAUGGGUUCGUGAGGAAUGCGUUGGGGUCUUGUUUGGAUUAUGACUUAGAUGCGGGUGAUUCAUCUGCCGCGCUUGUGGAUGAGUUGACCUUCAAUUUAGAGGAUAAUUUGGUGGAGGGUGGGUUUCAUUUUGAGCCCUAUGCUAGAAAGUUGCUGCUGGGGGCGCAGUUGAGACACAAGAUCUUCUGCGAGGAGUUUGUCAUCAAGGCCUUUUGUGAAGCUGAGAAGGCACACAGAGGGCAGAUGCGGGCUAGUGGGGAUCCUUACUUGCAGCAUUGUUUGGAGACCGCCGUGUUGCUGGCUUUGAUUGGUGCCAAUUCCACCGUUGUGGCUGCGGGGCUCUUACAUGACACGCUGGAUGAUGCUUUUCUGACUUACGAUUAUAUAUGUGGAGCAUUUGGCGCUGGAGUUGCUGAUUUAGUCGAAGGGGUAUCUAAACUGAGCCACUUAAGCAAACUGGCUCGAGAAAAUAAUACAGCUUGCAAGUCAGUUGAAGCGGACCGCUUGCACACUAUGUUCCUUGCCAUGGCAGAUGCAAGAGCUGUCCUCAUUAAACUGGCAGAUCGGUUGCAUAAUAUGAUGACACUAGAUGCAUUGCCUGUGACCAAGCGGCAGAGGUUUGCAAAGGAGACUUUGGAGAUUUUUGCACCAUUGGCCAAUCGCUUAGGAAUCUCUAGCUGGAAAGAACAAUUGGAGAAUUUGUGUUUUAAGCAUCUCAACCCAAGCCAGCACGAGGAGCUUUCUUCAAAGCUUGUGGAGUCGUACGAUGAUGCAAUGAUUACUUGUGCGAUAGAGAGAUUAGAGCAAGCCCUUAAAGAUGAAGGCAUAUCUUAUAAUGUCAUUUCUGGGCGGCACAAGAGCUUGUAUAGCGUUUACUGCAAAAUGUUGAAGAAGAAACUUACCAUUGAUGAUAUCCAUGACAUUUAUGGACUGCGCUUGAUUGUUGACAAAGAAGAAGACUGUUAUAAAGCCUUAACAACUGUCCAUCGGUUAUGGUCUGAGGUGCCUGGAAAGCUGAAAGAUUACAUAUGUCGCCCCAAGUUCAAUGGAUACCAAUCUCUGCAUACUGUGGUGAUGGGUGAAGGCAACGUUCCCCUGGAAGUGCAAAUUCGAACAAAAGAUAUGCACUUGCAAGCAGAAUUUGGAUUUGCAGCUCACUGGAGAUACAAAGAAGAUGAUUGCCAGCAUUCGUCAUUUGUGCUUCAGAUGGUGGAGUGGGCUCGGUGGGUUGUUACCUGGCAGUGCGAAGCAAUGAGUGGAGACUGUUCAUCUGUUAGAUAUGCUGAUUCAGUGAAGCCUCCAUGCAAGUUCCCUUCCCAUGCUGCCGAUUGCCCAUAUUCCUAUAGGCCCGAUUGUGGUCAGAACGGGCCCGUGUUCGUCAUCAUGAUCGAGAAUGACAAGAUGUCUGUUCAAGAAUUCAGUGCAAACUCAACGAUAUUGGAUUUGUUGGAGAGAGCUGGGCGUGCAAGCUCUAGGUUGACAACAUAUAGGUUCCCAUUGAAGGAAGAGCUGAGGCCAAGGCUGAAUCACAAGCCUGUGAGUGAUCCGAAAAGCAAGUUGAAGAUGGGAGAUGUUAUUGAACUUACACCAGCCAUACCUGAUAAGUAUCUUACAGAAUACAGGGAAGAAAUCCAGCGUAUGUAUGAUCGAGGGCUAACCGUAUCAACCAUGGGAACUUCUUCUUCAAGUACCAUGGUUGGCUCAAGAAGUUGAUCCCACCUUCGAUUCCCUUUCUAUUCAUCAAA